AUGGAAACUCAGCAGCAGCCAGAAGUUGCAUGUCCAUUUAACCCUUCACAUCACAUGAAGCCCAACAGAAUUAUCUGGCACAUGCUCAAAUGCUCCAAAAACCAAUCCGAAUCCAGCAAAAAAGCUUUAUCUAAAGUCCAGUGCUCCUACAAUAAAGAGCACUGGCUUGACCAAGCUGAAGUGAUCGAGCAUAUGCAGCAUGAAUGCUCUGACAGGCCUACUGAAUCUCAAAAUAAAGCAAUAUCAGACUACAACUCCAAGCAAAAAUCUCAAAAUAAACCCCAAAAUAGAGAAAAAAAGCCUGAGAAAAGAAUAAGGCAUAAAUCUCAAGAAAAUAAAAAAGUUGUAGAACCUGAGCUUGCAGAAGGCCACACAGAGGAAAAAAAGGUGAGGGAUUUUGAUGAAGAAUAUUCGUUGAAUAAGUUAACAUGAAAUCCAGGGAAAAAAGAAGAGCAAAAAGUAGAAGAAACUAAAGAAGAAAAUAAAGAAGAAAAGAAAGAAAAUAAAAAGAGAAAUGAAAAUAACCAAGGGAGAAAUUAUAAAAGAAAUAGAGGAAAUUAUAGAGGGAAUAGAAAUAAGUCAGCAGGAGCGCAGAGGAAUGAGAAGAGAAAUAAAAAGCCAGAAGAAAAGAAAGAAGAGCCACAGAAGAAGCAAGAAGACUGCAAAAGCCAAAUAUUUUAA